AUGUUGUCUCUUUUGGAAACCAAGAUCAUCGAGCCAUUCAUGGUUGUGAGACAAACCCUCGCGCCACUAAGACUGUCAAGGUGGCAAAUUUUCAAGCAUAUGACCAGAAUCCUCAUUUUUUCAUCCAAUACUCGUACAAUCAUUUUUUGCGUCUUGAUGAGUCUAGUUGGAUACAUUGUAUCUCGUAUCAUUUGGGGUCGUCAGGAAAAGUAUCCAGAUCAUGGCCUUCCCAUUGUCAAAACCAAUGAUUACCAUUUCGACAACAUCGUCGCAGAGGGCAAAAGAUUGUAUCCAAAUCAGGCUUUCAUGGGCAUCAACAAACGAUACAAGUUUGUGAUUUACCCGUCGAGCAGCUGGGAGGAGUUGAAGCGCAUUCCCGAGCAGACUGCUUCUAUCAUGGACUUCCAGCAUGUCUGCAACUCUGGCGAGUGGAGCCUGGUUGGCGGUGAGACGCACGAACUCGUCAAGACCAUCACUGCCGAGCUCACCCGCUCCCUGCCCGCUCGCGUGCCCAAUCGUCAACAGGACGCCAAGAUGACCUUUGAUACAAUCAUCGGGCACUGCCCCGAGGAGAAGGGCUUUAAUCUUUUGAUGACGUCCCUGGAGAUCAUUGCCAAGAUCAAUGCUUGCACCUUUGUGGGCAGGGAGCUUGGAGCCAACAAGAGCUGGGUCACAGCCGUCGUGUACUCUCCCCUUUGGGUCUAUUUCGCAGUCACGCUUUGCAACGCCACGCCAGACAUUUUGAGGCCGCUGCUGCGGCCCCUGUUCUUUUUGCCGGCGCUCAGGAACUACUGGAACAUGCAAAAGCUGCUGAAGCCCAAGCUGGACCGGGAGAUGGAGACGUUUAGACAGACGGACGACAAGCGCAAGCUCCUGGUACCAAAGUCCGACCAAGAUUUGCCUUUUACGCACUUUUUGCUGUCCCGGUACACCGAGGCUGCGGCGACCAUCAAGCAGCUCGUCAUAGACUACAUCCAAGUCAGCUACACCUCGACGCCGACCACGGCUUCUGCGCUGUUUCAUGCGCUGUGGGAGCUGGCUCAGCACCCUGAGGCUGCUGAAGUCAUGCGGCGGGAGCUGGCGACGGUGAUGAUUGAUGGAAAUCUCCCAAAGACUCACCUCCAGGAGCUCAAAAGGAUGGACAGUUUCCUCCGGGAAUCUUUCCGACUUCAUCCCAUCACUCGUUUCACCCUUCAACGCUACGUCAAAGAGCCCUUCCAGCUUUCCGACGGUUCUCGGAUUCCGCCAGGGGUCAUGGCAGUUGUCGAUGCGCAGGAGAUAAACCGAUCGCCCGAGAUUUGGGAAAAUCCCGACGAGUUUGACAUGGACCGCUUUUAUCGUCUGCGCGAGAUUUCUGGCAACGACAACCGGUACCAUUUUGUCACGACCAGUUCCAACUCACCCGGCUGGGGAGACGGGACCCAGGCCUGCCCCGGUCGCUUCUUUGCCACCAGCACUCUAAAAAUAGUCAUGGCCCAUAUCGUCAUGAACUAUGACGUUUCUCUGCGUAAGGUGGCCCCACUCAAGAGCCAACCCUUGGUGAACGGCUCCUACUCGCCGGACGACUCGGUGGAGAUAUUCUUCAAGUCCAGGAAUGUUGAGUAG